AUGAGUUCUAUGAAAUGGGUCAUUUUUCAAUGUUGUGCUUGGAGUGCAGCUUUGGAUAUCACAUUCAGUGGUGGAACCACGCCAUUCGUGCUUUUUCCAACGUUGGCGGGAGUUCCGUUGGGUGUUUUUAGGUGAGAAAUAUUUAAUUCAAAAAAUAUUUGGCGAUAGCUUCGCUACCGCCCGAAAGCGAUAAACACACAGCGCACUCGAAUAUAUAAAUUUCUGGUGUGCCCGACGGUUCGCGGGUUGCGCACGCCGCCACUGUUUGUGUGCGAAAGGGGCGGGGCUUAGUUGAAAGAACGCGUUUUUUCGCUUGAAAAUUAGGAUUUCAAGGGGAUUUUCGUUGAAAAGUAUGUUUACUUUUGAGUUUUUUCAAAAAAAAAAUAUUGAAACAACAUUUAACACCAAACUACACACAAACAAACAUGCAUCUAAUAUAACUAGGUCAAACUAGAGUCUAUUCAUUUCCUUUUCCAAUCAUAUAGUUAUGAAACAUUAUCUUUCUCUGGCUCUCUCUUUCUUUUCCUUACUCUCUCACCCAGCAACACUUUAGGCUAUCAGCAAGUCAGAUUUUCCGCUAAAAUUAGUUUCUGUAGGUUUUCACCGCCAAAAAUUCAAAUUUCGCGGUCAAUUUAAUUUUUAAAUCCGAAAAUUCAAAAAAAAAACUACUUCACGCUUUUUUUUUCGAAUUUCACGUGAAAAUAUUCAUUAUUUUUAGAAAUUUCCCGUUUUCCAACCUGUCAAACUGAAAUAACUUCCCGUAAGUUUCCCCAAACCCCAUCCCGCUCUCCAAAAUAAAUUUCCAACUCAAAUUCAAUUUUUCCAGCUCCCUGAAAAUCGGCGUGAUUUUUCAAACCUUCUUCGAAAUUCUGCUUUUCGUUGGAGUCGGCGUUUCGAACAUUUGCAUCAUGGAAAAUCGCUAUUCGGUGAUGCGCGAUCGACAAUUUAUGCACCCGAUUUUGAUAUAUUUUUUGAAUUUUGUUGGCGCCGCUGUGGUGUUGAUUGUGAUGUAUUUCGAUAUUCCCGAGCAAAAUGAGGCGAGGAGAAUUGUUUUUGAGGUGAGGUUUUGGGAGAAUUUUUCACUGUUUCAAAAUGUUUUGAUUUGAAAAUUUAUGAGUAAUUUUUAAUCGGGAUCUCAAUCACAAUGAAAAAAGUCCUUGAUCAAAAAUCAAAAAAAAUAUUGUUGAAAAUUUUUCACUGUUUCAAAAAAUUCAAAAAAUAUUUUUGUUCAUUUUUAAUUAUGACAUUCUCACAAUUAUUUUUGAAGAUUCAAAAUUUCACUGUUUCAAAAACCUUUAUUAUUUUGAAAAAUUGUUAGGUUUUUGAUAAAAAUAUAAUGUUCUUGAAAUUAUUUUACUGUUUCAAAAUGUUUUGAUUUGAAAAUUUAUGAAUAAUUUUUAAUUAGGAUAGGAAUUAGGAAAAAAAAUGCUUUAUCAAAAAUUCACUGUUUCAAAAACAUUUCUAAAAAUAAUUUGUAUUUACUGGUUUCAAUUUUUCAGAAAACGAAUUGUUGAAAAUUUCUCACUGUUUCAAAAAUUUCAAAAAUAUUUUUGUUUAUUUUUAAAUUCGAUGAAUUUGAUGAAUUUAUUAUUAAUUUCAGCUCUAA